CCUUCCCCAGCGCUUCCUCCCAACUUUCCACAACCCGCACAUACCCUUCUCAAUACCCCGUUGCAGUGAUGUCUUCUCCUGCGCAGCGCCGCUCGCAGCGCAGUUCUGCUUCAGCGACUCCGCGAAGGAGCGCUCGAAGCGCGAGGAAUUCCCAGAUCCCCUCCAGCAGUCCGGCGCCUGGCGGUCCGGAAGAGCAACUACACUCUGAGACCUCGCAGGCUUCGCAGCGCGAGUCGCAGGCUACUCCUCGGAACUCUCGUUUGCAGACUGCUUCGACGCAAUCGCCGCUUUUCUUCCGGUCUUCUCCAGUCAACGGUUCGGGCUCAGGGGCACCGGAAGACGAUGGCGGCGCGACGCCCAAGGCUAGUGGGAUGACAAUUGGAGACUCUUCUCCCAUCCGCUAUGCCUCCAGCUCCAGCCCUGGCCGUGCUCGAAAUGCGCAAAACACCGAUAUCCGAAGCAGUAGCAGCGCUCUCUUCGUACGAGGUCCUACAGACACUGCUGUUCGCAACCGCCGAAGCGACAUCCACUCGGAUGUUCUCGGUCCCAGCUCUACGGGCAGGCGCCGCCGGCUGUUCGUCGAUGAAAACGGUAUGGCAGUUCACGAUGCCUCGGAUGCUGCAACCUUCUCCAACCUGAACCCGGACACCUCAGAUGCAGAUGUUUUGGGCGGCAAUUCGUCCAGAGUCAUUUGGGGAACCAAUGUCUCUCUAGUAGACUCCAUGAAUGCGAUGAAGGAUUUCCUUUGCAACUUCCAGAGGAAAUACCGCCUCAUCCAAGACGGCGAGCUCGAGGAAGGUGCCAAUCUUCCCACAGAUCACCCGGCUAUGGCAAAGGAGUAUGUGGAGCUGAUGAAGACAAUGCUCGAGCUAGGAGUUACUCCUCUUAAUCUGGAUGCUCGCAACCUGAAGGCCUACCCACCGACGCGCAAGUUGUGGCACCAGCUGCAAGCUUUCCCCAACGAAAUCAUCCCGCUCAUGGAUGUGGCAGUCAAAGAUGUCAUGAUUGAGCUCGCAGAGAAGCGCAUGGCUGAACUGAGGGUCCAGAUGUCGCAGGCUCAGCGCGGUCCGCAGGCACGUGGACGCGAUUCGAGCUCUCUUCCGCCCAUGCUCGGCUCUGAUGUUGGGACCCCUGGCGCACCUUCUCCAGCUCCUGCCGUUGCAGAUAUUCCAGAUCUUAUGAAGGAGGUCGACCAGAAAACAUAUCGGGUGCGGCCUUUUGGUUUGGACACGACUAUCAAUCUACGGGAUCUGAAUCCUGGAGACAUGGAUAAGUUGGUCAGUGUCAAGGGUUUGGUCAUCAGGACCACCCCUAUUAUUCCGGACAUGAAGGAUGCCUUCUUCCGAUGCUCUGUGUGUCAUCAUACAGUUAAGGUGGAUAUCGACCGCGGCAAGAUCACCGAACCCACUCGAUGCCCGCGCGCUGUCUGCGAGUCUGCCAACUCCAUGCAGAUCGUCCACAACCGGUCCGGCUUUGCAGACAAGCAGGUUAUCAAGCUUCAGGAGACGCCCGACAACGUCCCUGACGGUCAGACGCCUCACUCGGUAUCCCUUUGUGCCUACGAUGAACUGGUCGAUGUUUGCAAAGCUGGUGACCGUGUUGAGAUUACCGGUAUCUUCAAGUGCAAUCAAGUGCGCAUCAACCCGCGGCAACGGACGGUCAAGAAUAUCUUCAAGACCUAUGUGGAUGCUCUGCACAUCCAGAAAGUCGACAAGAAGCGCAUGGGCAUUGAUGUGUCCACCAUCGAAGAAGAGCUCGCCGAGCACGCCGCUGGCGACAUUGAGGAGACACGCAAAGUCAGUGAAGAGGAGGAAGCAAAGAUCAAGGCGACCGCGGCUCGGCCUGAUGUCUACGAGCUUCUCUCGCGCUCAUUAGCACCCAGCAUCUACGAGCAGGACGAUGUCAAGAAAGGUAUUCUCCUUCAGCUCUUCGGCGGUACGAACAAAUCUUUCGAAAAGGGUGGAAGCCCCAAGUAUCGUGGUGAUAUCAAUGUUCUGCUCUGUGGCGACCCUUCCACGGCGAAGUCGCAGCUCCUGCAGUACGUACAUCGCAUUGCGCCUCGCGGUGUGUACACCUCGGGCAAGGGCUCUUCCGCCGUCGGUCUCACCGCGUACAUCACUCGCGAUCCGGAAACUCGUCAGCUGGUGCUCGAAUCCGGUGCCUUGGUACUGUCAGAUGGCGGUGUCUGCUGCAUCGAUGAGUUUGAUAAGAUGUCGGACUCCACUCGUUCAGUCCUCCACGAAGUGAUGGAGCAACAGACGGUAUCCAUCGCCAAAGCCGGCAUCAUCACCACACUAAACGCCCGCACCUCCAUCCUCGCAUCCGCCAACCCCAUCGGAUCGAAAUACAAUCCCAAUCUCCCUGUCCCACAGAACAUCGAUCUCCCACCCACCCUACUCUCCCGUUUCGACUUGGUCUACCUUGUUCUCGACCGCAUCGACGAACAGAAUGACAGGAGACUGGCUAGGCAUUUGGUUGGCAUGUAUCUCGAAGACGCCCCCGAAAAUGCAUCGAGAAACGAGAUUCUGCCCAUCGAAUUCCUAACAGCCUACAUCUCUUACGCCCGGUCGAACAUCCACCCCAAAAUCACCGACGGCGCUCAAAAGGCCUUUGUCGAUGCCUACGUCGCCAUGCGCGCUCUCGGUGCUGAUGUGCGCUCUCAGGAACGCCGCAUCACAGCUACUACCCGCCAACUUGAAUCAAUGAUCCGGCUAGCAGAGGCACACGCUAAAAUGCGGCUCAGUGAAGUUGUAACCGAAGACGACGUGCACGAAGCCGUCCGCCUAAUCAAGUCCGCGCUCAAGCAAGCAGCCACCGACUCCCGCACGGGUCUUAUCGAUAUGUCGCUCCUCACCGAGGGCCAAUCGACCUCGGAUCGUAGGAGGAAGGAGGAUCUUAAGCGCGCUGUGCUGGCUAGUCUAGAUGAGCUAGGUAGUGCAGGGCAGAGUGUGAGAUUGAGUGAGUUGGUGAAGAAGGUGAGGGAGGGUGCGAGCGAACAGGUAGAGAACCAGGAGUUCUUGGAAGUAUUGAGGAGUGCGGAGUUGGAGGGUGCGGUGCAGAUUUCGGGCGAGGGACCCAGGAGGAUAGUAAAGAGGGUUGUGGGCGCAUUUUAGGGGGAUCCUCAAUACCCGGUGAUGGGAUCCUGGAAGUUGUAUAGUCUCACGGUGCUGGAAUGGUGGCGUUUUUCCGAUCUUUGAUUAACUGGAUGCUGGUCAUGGAUAUGCGAUGUUAUGCUUGGUAUGAGGAUGCAUAGAUAUGUAAUCAUUUACUCGUUC